AGAAAAUUGUCCUUGUUGGUCUACAAUAGAAUAUAGUUCUCUUUUUGGUGAGAAAAAGAAUCUGUAUUCUGAAUUUCAACGUGAUUUAUCUGUAUGUAUGGCUAUAAUAACUGUAGGAAUAAUCCUAGAGGGGUCACCCUUUUCGAAGGAAAUUCUCUCCAUUAAGCCUUGUUACUUAUUAAUUGGCUGCUCAAUUAUAGUUUUUCCAAUAAGAUAACCUUGAAAACGAUUCUAUCUUUUGAGUGAGGAGACUGUAACUUUCACUAUGCAUAUUAUGUCCCCUGCAAUUCCUAAAGAAAGGAAUUGCUUCUCAAUGAGGCCAAGUCCAUCCAACAUAAAAGAAAUACUAAACCCAAAAAGCUGUUCUUGCGGCUGAAAAGAAAACUACGUAACUCCUAGGAUUUGUAUUGUUUGUAUAUAUUAUAUUCCUCAAAAUAACAUGUUUUUUUAUAUAUAUAUAGGGACUUUGGUUGUUUCCAUUACCUCCCUCCCUUUCCACCAUAAUUUAGAAAGCAAAAAAAGAUAUGCAUAUAGCAAAAGUUGGAGCUUUCCUUUGUGUCUUUUUCACUCUUAUUUCCUCAUACUACAGCACUUUUACUAUCAUAAACAACUGCCCUUUUACAAUAUGGCCUGGCACAUUAGCUGGUUCAGGGACACCCCAACUGCCAACUACCGGUUUUCGACUUGACUCUGGGCAAACCAUUAGGAUUCCUUCGGUUCCAGGAUGGUCAGGGAGGAUAUGGGGAAGAACUGGCUGCACAUUUGAUGCAACAGGAGCUGGAAAAUGCCAAACCGGUGACUGUGGUGGUACGCUUGAAUGUGAAGGCAGGGGUGCAAGUCCACCAGCUUCUCUCUUUGAGAUAACGCUCGGUCAUGGCGAUGACAAAGACUUCUAUGAUGUUAGCAUUGUCGACGGCUACAAUCUCCCCAUUGUUGCCUCUCCAGUUGGAGCUUUCGGCGCCUGUAAUGCCACUGGAUGCGUUUCUGAUAUCAACACUGGGUGUCCAAAAGAGCUUCAAGUGGUUGGGGGAGAAGGUGGAGAUGGUGGGGGUGUGGUAGCAUGUAAGAGUGCAUGUGAGGCUUUUGGAUUGGACAAGUAUUGCUGCAGUGGUGAGUUUGCUAACCCAACCACAUGUAAGCCUUCUUUCUAUUCAACCAUUUUCAAAAACGCUUGCCCAAGAGCCUAUAGCUAUGCUUUUGAUGAUGGCACCAGUACUUUUACUUGCAAGGCUUAUGAGUACUCCAUUCUCUUCUGUCCUAAAGAUAAUGGGGUGAGAAAACCAGGUAAUGGAUUGACACCUCCAACAACACCAGGAAGUGAAUUUGCACCACCAACGAUACCAGAUAGUGGUUUGGUACCACCAACCAUACCAGGAAGUGAAUUUGCACCACCAACCAUACCAGGCAGUGAACUCACCCCACCACCACCACCACCAACCAUACCAGUAGGUGUAUUGGCACCACCAGCCAUACCAGUGCAAGAGCCAUCAAUACCGAUACAAAACCCGUCGAUGCCAAUAGAUGACCCCAGCCACGAGGCAGCGGUGCGGAUGGUCUCUUCUUCUAACAUGCUCUUGCCACUUCCAACCCUGCUGCCGAUCAUCCUUCUGAUCCUCAAGUUAAUCUCAUGAACACCUCUAAUUGCUUUCGAGUCUUUAGUGGUUGAGCGCUACCAUAAACAAGAACAGUUGACGAGUGGCUUCGAUGGCGGAAAGCAAUGAGCCAAGAGGAAGAACUUUGUUCUAAGAUCUGAUUUGUAAAGAUGCUGGAAGAUGCCAGCUAUUUUUCCAUACAGAUCAAAGCUCAUUGAAUCCCAUCAUUUGGCUUUUGUCUUGUUUUCAAAAUGUACUUGACGAUUAUAUUCUCAAUCAGCUAGAUAUUGUUACAAAAUAUAAAUCUUUCAAAGUAAUGAAAGGAGCCAAAUAUUUCUACA